UGCCCUCACAAACAGGAUGGUAAUAUAUAGCAUCCAAACUCUGCUGUUGUUGGGGGCUCAGCUGGUUCUCUCAAUCCCAAACAACUUCUUCUACCAUGACUUCCUCAAUGAAAAUGGCAAAAAAGAAAUUCAUUUCAGUGGUGUGAAUCUCCAUGUGGACUCUGCUCAGCUCUCAGUGUUUGCAGUCGCAGGGGCUAAUGCCACCAUGCCAUGCAGGUUUUGGUAUGAGCCUGAGUUGAGCUCGCCGAGGAAAGUUAGGGUCAAGUGGUCCUGGUUGCCUGCUGCCGGGGGACACGAGACAGACGUGCUGGUGGCUAUCGGCUCACGCAGUCAACGUUUUGGGGAGUUUAGGGGCCGUGUGCAGCUCAGACAGGAUUUCCCAGGAGAUGCUGCACUUGUGAUGACUAACCUAAUGUUGAAUGAAUCAGGACGUUACCGCUGCGAGGUUGUGGACGGACUGGAGGACAGGAGCACUUCAAUUUAUCUGGAGUUACGAGGUGUGGUGUUUCCCUACCAGCAUCCUCGUGGUCAUUACCACCUCAGCUUCCUGGGAGGCCUGCGGGCCUGUGAGGAGCAGGACUCCACACCUGCCACCUUCACUCAGCUCUUCCAAUCCUGGAAGGAGGGCCUGAACUGGUGCAAUGCAGGCUGGCUGGCUGACGGGACAGUCCAGUACCCCAUCACCCGGCCCAGAGUGCCCUGCGGGGGGCACGACCUCGCCCCGGGUGUCCGGAGCUACGGCAGACGCAACCUGCACCUUCAUCGCUAUGAUGUCUUCUGCUUCUCCUCUUCACUACGAGGGAAAGUCUACUAUCUGCAGCCCUCUCACAAGAUGAACCUGACGGAGGCUCAGCAGGCGUGUCAGGAGGAUGGAGCAGAGGUCGCCAAAGUUGGACAGCUCUACGCCGCCUGGAAACUGACAGGGCUGGACCGCUGUGACGCUGGCUGGCUGGCUGAUGGAAGCGUUCGGUAUCCCAUCACCAGGCCACGAAUAAACUGUGGCCCCUCUGAGCCCGGAGUGCGCAGCUUUGGCUUCCCACCUCCCCAGCACAAGCACGGAGUCUACUGCUACAAGUCAGGUGACGAAUGAAUGUAGAUCCCUUUCUUCUAUGGCAGACAUGUCAAACUCAAGGCCCGUACAAUUAUAUCCGGCCCGCAAUAAUAUGAAUGUUAUCUAAUUUGUCUAUCCUGUUCAAUAAAUGUUGACACUGCUGUUUCUGUGAUUGAGUUUGACACCCCUGUUCUAUGGGGUCAGAAAUGUAAAGUUGGCAUGAGUUCGUUGAACAUGUGUAUCCUUAUGAGCAAGCUGCUUCAUUAAUACUGUGUAAACCCAACAAGAAAGGUCUGAGGGGUCCUGAGAUGAGAAGAGGAAAAGCUUUAGACUCAACACAAUUAUAUUUACUUUUUUAGACAUUUCUUUAAUGUUUUCUAUCUUAAUGCCUCUAAAACUUGUUCAAGUAGCAUGCAGAAAUCUCUCACUCUUUGUUUAACCUGGUCAUGUUGAUGCGUAACAAAUAGAUGUUAUAAGUCAAUAAGGUUGGGAACCACUGGUGUAAACCUUACUUCUACUAUUGUAUCUACAUCUGUACUUUUCUAUUAGUACAUUCUCUGUGAAUUUGUGUUUGUACAUGAGUGCUAAUCAUUUACUUUAGUACGAUGUCUCACUAUUAAUGCUAUUUAACAUUAAUAGAAAUAAAGCUAUUGGAAUUAUUCUAUUCCCGGAUGAAGGCAUGUGAUUCAAAGGUCAGAAAAACCUAAGUGGAUAUUGAGUUAAGAUAAUUGUUUCUCACAAUUCUACUGUAUAACCAUGUGCCUCAGGAGAUUUUCACAUCAUUCAAUCUUUACAUCAUUGGAAGUAUAACUUAUUUUUGUAUCACAAAUGCUUUUCCUAAAUAUUAAAAUCCUUGUACA